AUGACUUUGAAGAUGACGCCAAGAACUCGAAUGAAUGCAAAAGUCUUCGGAAUCACUGCUCCCUCAAGACAAGAAGAUCCAAUGCAAGAUUCAUCUCGUAAAAAGAAUGAAAAUAAACAAUUUCAAUAUUUUCAUAGCAAAGAGUAUAAAUUUAUUUGCGAAAUCGUUAGUAGAUUUUCAGUCGAAAAGACAGGUAUGUAUUUAAAACGCGUCAAAGAACCUCUAUUUCAAGCACAUCUAAGAAGAGUUAUCGAAAACGAACAAGAGAAUCUUAAAAAAUUAAAAGAAAAAACGAAAUACGAUGAAAAGGAACAAUAUGGAAAGGAAUUAGAAGAAUUACGCGAGCAAUACAACAAAUUAACUCAAGCAGAAGAUGAUUUACAAAGAACAUAUAAUAGCGUCAAUAGUACUUUUGCAAGAUUAGUAUAUGAAUGUAACGAAUCAGUCAUCGGAAAUACUGCAAUGCUCUAUCAAGAAGAUUAUGAAAGGUUAUUAGAUCUAAAUAAAAGCCAGCGUGAUGCAUUACGACAAAGAGAAUACAGAGAACUUUGUAACGAAGGUAAUGAAGCACUUCUAGAUAUGCUUACUAAGGAAACAAAAAAGAAUUAUGAUGCAAUAAAAGAGAUAGAAGAAAGAAUCGAAAAAAGAAAAGAACAUGACAAAGAAAUAUCAUUUCAAUUAAGCGAACUCAGAGUUGAAUAUGAAAAUGCUCUUGCGAAGAAAUUUAAUGCUAGAAAUGAAGAUUUGAAUGUCAAGAUGACAGAAAUUAUUGAAUGGGUUCAUAACAAUGAUCCUUUCAUUGCAAUGAACCAAUUUGAAGAUGCACAAAAGAAAAAGAUUGUUGAAAAAAGUGUCUAUGACUUAAUUCAAUCAGUUGGAGAUGGCAAAAUUUCUGACUAUGAUGUUCUUGAUCCACCUGUUGUUCCAAAACUCCCAGAAAUGGACAUCAACAUUGAAUGA